AUGAUCCCAAAAGCAGCAACAACUCCCUUUCUUGAAGAUUCAACUGAUAUCGCAUCGAAAGCCCUUCGAGAGCGGGGUUUUGGCGAGGAUAAUGUGGCAGAAUGGGCCUGGAUUCUAUCUGGGAAAGGACCAGAUGAGAUGCUGGAGCGCCUUAUUUCAAUACCCUCGGCAACGCCUACUUUUGUUGUCCUGCAAAUCCUGCAGCGAGAUAUUUUGAAGGUUAUGACUCUGAAGAGAAUCAUAGUUUAUGUGUGGGAGCAUAUUAUAACGAGGGCACAAGAUAACGUUCUGGAGGCUUCAGUCUCUGAUCCGGAAAUGAAGCCGGGUUCCUCUAGAUUUCGUCAAUCUCCAGAGCUUGACGACGCAACGUUUAUGACCAUCAUUAGCCAUCUCCUAUAUCACACGCGAAGGAUCUGGCCCACUGCUAUGCCAUGUAUUUCUCACAUGGUAGGGCCGUAUAUGUAUUCGGUUUUAGCCCGUAAUGAUUGCGGUUCCAAGGUGUUAGAUGCUCGCCUUCAUCGACGAUUUUGCAGAGUUUACAACGCCGUUAUGCAUCUGUUGACAUUACCAGCCUCUAUAGAUCCUCUGAAGUCGAUGGCCCAUAAUUGGAGUGCUCAGAAGGUGGUUUUAGCGCUAGGUGAUGAAUUCGAGCCUUCACUUUUGCCCGAUGAGGACAGCUAUCGAGCUGUUAUCCAUGUUAUGGCUGCUUUGGGAAAAUCUGAGAAAGAGUCGAAAGUUUCAACCCUGCGCUCUCGAAGCUGGCCUCCGUGGAGGGUGGCUCAGGAUGGUAUGGAUGCCCAAAGAUCACCGGAAGAAGACAUGAGCAGAGUGGCAAUGGCCAUAGCAAGGAAGCGAGGUUCGGGAUAUGUUGGGACGCCUUCCCAAGACGAAGCUCUAAGAAUCUUCGGGGGCCAGGAAUUUGAUGGAACUCCAACAAUACACACCCGAAAAUUGGUCAAGAUGAGAUCUGGCCGGCGAAAUGGUCCUUUGGAUACGAGCAAAUUGGACUCCAAGCAAUGGGCUGCAAGAAUUGAGGCCACCCGUGAUGUGCGGGAGGCAUGGAGUGCAUUUUCUGAAUAUCACGACCUAGGUGGGCGGCCAACAAUGGCAAUGUACUCGGCGAUGUUCACGAAACUCGCGUUCGAGGGCGCCAGAAUUGGACGCACAGUCUCAUAUGAAGCUGCACCAGGCGAUGGAAAAGAAGUUCUUCCCGUUGCGGACGAUAACUUUAGCACUUCCUAUAAGUUACAUCACCAACCACCGGCUCUCGAUGAUCUAUACGAUCAGAUGAUCGAUUCAGGAAUUCGACCAUCGGGACAAUGCUUGAUUCAACUUCUAGGGCAUGCCAGCUCGGUCCAGCAAGGACUGCGUUACCUCCGUGACAGUAAACUAAUCGAUGGGGCAACAGUGGCUUCUCUGUCUGGCAAUUCCAGUGCCUCGAAAUCAAGUGGUGCUUUGAGGAAAGUGCCGACCCCCGUAUUCUCAGCGUGGAUAUCUCUGUUGUGUCGUUUCGCUCCCCAGUUGAGAGCUGAUCGAGAUGGGUCUGAUGGGGAAGCACAGUCAUUCGACAGAGCUAUGGCAAUCAAAGAGAAGCCGAGAUCCGGAUCUUUUCAGGCUCUGUCACACGCUGCUGAUCUUUUGAAGCAGCGCCAUACAACGUCCAGGCCAGCCUGGUAUGCGCUGUUCCACGCUCUUGCCCGACGAAACGCAAUUAUCGCUCGGGACGAGACUGACGACGCUCAGAAUGAUGUCCUAGCGUGGCAAGUCCUCGCCGCAGCCCUCAGAGAUUUUCACAAAUGUGGGCUCGAACUAGAUCCCAGGGGUUUCCAGAUCAUCUGUGACGGGUUCUGCAAGGCUGUGCUGGCCUCGAAAUCUGCUAUGGAGCAUGGCGAGGCGGUAUUGGACGACGUACUGCUGCUCAAAGCCGAGUUCACGAAGAUAUCUACAAGCGAGCCAGGGCCUUACCAAAUUCCACGACUCUUUCACUCACUCGGGGGAGUUCAUCUCCACGCUUAUGUACGGGUUCUAGGGGUCACCGAAGACUGGUAUGAGAUGAUUAUGGUUCUUGAGUGGAUGGUGCACCACCAUGAGGAAUUGAACUCUUCGGCACAGCUGGCUCGAAACGGAGCCAGGCACAUCAGACAGGUCCUCGUUGCCAUGAAGGUCUUCUUGGGCGGAACUGGCUACGAGUGCGACGCCCAGAGAUUGGCGGAGACCGUCGAGAACUGGGACGGCUGGCCCGAGGACUUCGAGGCAGAACAGUAUCUUGAGCGGUGGCGGAAUGCUGGUCGCAGUGCCCAGUAG